UGCAGGUUACAAAACAUUUGUCGCAAAGCGAUUUUUGCCACGAGGUGGAACAGAGAAGGAAGGAGUGACAAUGCAGGAAGUUAAUGCUGCAUAUUUCUGGACGCCAAACGAGGACAUCGACUUCUCCUUUGGCGUCGUUGUGCCAGUGUCCCAUUCAAAGGAUGAGUUAAUUUCGCCAUCAAUUUCAAAUGGAUACAAAUUUGACUACCACCGAGUCGACCUAUAUAAUCCUGGAAAACUAUGUUCUCAUUUUGGAACAACUGCGGCAAAAGAAAUAACAAAGGUCAAGUUUGCUCCAGGGGCGUUCCAGGACCCAUACAACUACAUUGGCAUGGAUGAAAGAAAAGCUGAUGUUGAGUUAUUAAAUGCUUACAUGAAAGAUGACACGGGAAAAGUGACCAACCCUGGCCUGAAAAAUGGUAUCAGGGGCACAGUGAGAGCAACAUCGAAAGUGGAAGACCUGUGACUGCGUGAAAAAACUGACGUCACGCAGUAUUUGGUUUGGCGCUACUUUGGGACAUCAAAUGGAAUCUUCAGGUCCACUCCAGGCGCCGCUGAAAACAAACUUUACGACCCAAGAAAGAGGGCCUGGUAUCUUACCGCCUUGGCUAACACUGGAUUAAUUGCUCUUACAACUCCGUACUUGGAUAUGGGAGGAGCUGGA